AUGUCACCAACACCAGCCGAAAGAGCGGGACGCUAUGCGCCCGUGGGGAGGAGGAUGUCCACACGAAUAGCAACCCGGGGCCAUCAACAGGCGCAACAACAGCAACAAUACCGCAAUCUCGACGACAGCUCCGACGAUGAGGUGCUCAGUCCUAUGAAGCUGAGCGCCAUCACCAAGGCCCUGCUCGGCGGCGGGCAUGUAUCGGAUGCGGCCGCUGCGUCGAACAAUGCGCGCCGGACCUCGAUCCCCGCUCCGGCCAAGGGAACAACCGACAAUGCGUCAGCCCCAAAGUCGCCUACACCGUCUAGUAGACCCCGCCCGCGCGAUGGCGCCAGGAGAAGCUCGAUUCCCGCUCCGGCGGCGCAGGCUAGUGAUCAAGGGUCGCCGGUGCCGGCGGCGGGCCGUGUAACCCGCCACUCACGGAGAGAAAGUAAUCUUUCACCACCGCAACAUCGAUCGCCUGCAGGCAGCCGAGAGACCAGCCCGGCGCCUAGGAAACGGGUGGUCCGACUGCAGACCGCUACAGCUGCUAAUGGCACGAGCGGGAGCCGCCGGAACAGCCUACGGAACUCGUUUUCGUCGUCGACCACGAGGAAACGGCCCGAGAGCGUGGAGCGUUCGAAAUCCAGGACGGGCGGUUCGUCUCCGGUUGUUCCGCAAGACCACGCUGCGAAAACUCCCGUUGUGCCGGUCAGGACGGUUAGGAUAGCGGUGGGCUCGUCCGGUCAGAAGCCGGCAUCCAGCGCCUCGUCUGAUGGGCGGUCGAAGUACAGCACCCGUUCGGCUGAGGGUGAGAGUCGUGGUGGUUCCGCUGCCGGCAAUGCUGCCGCAGCGGUCGCCCCGCAGGCUUCGCUGAGGAUCAAGCGGGUCGGCAAGACACCAGGCAGCUUUCUCUCCGGACCAGCCCGUCGUGGGCGCAGGAGACAAAGCGAGGAGGACGGUGAGGGCCAGUUCGAUGGUGAGCCUUUUGGCUCGGGGCAAGAACCCGGCAGUCAGCAGCAUGCUCAGUCCGGGAGGGAACGAGACGCAGAAGAAGAUGCAGCAGCAUCAGCGGCCGAAUAUCCAGACUUCGCCGCGUCUGGGAGCCCCGUGAGUUCUAAAGAUUCCGCCAGGCUUGCGCUGCGGAAGCACAAGUCCACCUUUGCCACGCCGCUCAGCGAACGCAAGCCGGAGCACGAGCACCGGCCGCUGGCCUACCGCAUCCCAUCGCCGCGUGGUGCGCCCGAGUCGCCUAACUUUGACAAGGAAAACGACGCGCCGUCGGAGAUCGAACCAGUCAUUCCCGCGUCCAUGCGAGCGCCCCUUGCUUCUAUGGCUGCACCCGGUGGUGCCGGUCUCGCAAGCCAACGACCACCGUUGCAACCCGUCGCCUCCAUCAACCCGCAGAUGAUGGCAGAACUCCGCCACCAACCGCAGGUGGUCCCCAAUAACCACAUCAUUGCUGCGCGGGCCAACCAACGGGCUCCUGCACCACCGCCCCCACCCAAGAUGUCCGUCGCGGAAACGGCCACGGCGGCUGCUGGUGCUUCGACUGCUUCGCAAGCGAGCAAGAAGCGGCAGUUCUUGCUGCGGGUGAACGGGAAGAUGUACACGCGUAUCGACUCGUUGGGCCGCGGCGGGUCGGGGAAAGUGUAUCGUGUGUCGGCCGAGAACGGGAAGCUGCUGGCGCUCAAGCGGGUGUCGCUCGAGAACUUGGAUGACAGGACUAUCAAGGGGUAUCAUGGGGAGAUUGAUCUUUUGCAGCGGUUGACGGGUGUUAACCGCGUCAUUCAGCUCAUUGAUCAUGAGUUCAAUGCCGAGAAGAAGAUGCUCAGUAUUGUCCUAGAAGCCGGUGAACUCGACUUCAACACCUUCAUGCGCAGCCGGCUCUCCGAAGACUGCCGGUUCGACCCAGUCUUCGUCCGAUACUGGUGGAAAGAAAUGGUCGAAUGCGUACAAUCCGUCCACCAAAAAGACAUCAUCCACACCGACCUCAAACCCGCCAACUUCGUCCUCGCCCAAGGCCGCCUCAAAGUCAUCGACUUCGGCAUCGCCAACGCCAUCCAAACCGACAUGACUGUCAACGUCCACCGCGACGCCCAAAUCGGCACACCAAACUACAUGUCCCCCGAAUCCCUCAUGGACUCCAAAGAAUACGCCCUGACCUCUGGCGCCGGCGGCCAGAUGCCCCAUGCGUUGCCGUUACACCGACCGAAACACUUCAAACUCGGCAAGGCCAGCGAUGUCUGGAGUUUGGGGUGUAUCCUGUACCAGAUGGUGUACGGUCAAUGUCCCUUCGCCAAAGUCCCCACCAUGAUGGCCCGGGUGAACGCGAUCAAGGACUGGAACCACACCAUCGAGUUCCCGGAGGCCACCGAGCACGGCGUGCGUGUGCCGCCUAGUUUAAUCCGCACGCUCAAACGCUGUCUCAGCCGUGAUCAAACCUUGCGGCCGACGUGUGACGAGCUCCUGGCCCCGACCGAUCCGUUUUUGUAUCCUAUCGAGCUGUCCUCCGCGGACGGUUCCGCUGUCAGUGGCAGUCAUAAUGGGGCUGUCGACAUGGAUAAAGCAAUCCCCAUCACCCCGGACCUGCUGCGCGAUGUGGUCUGGGAUGUGGCGCAGCGUGUGCGGCGCGGGGAUGUGGUGGAUGCGGAGGUCUUGCAGCUGUGGCCGACGGCGUACUGGGCUAGUUGCAAGAAGUCUUUGGCUGCUGGGCAGGGCCGGUCAUGA